GAAAACACUAAAGAUUCUUUUUUGAAAAAUGCUACAAAAAUAAACAUGGCUCACUUGUCACAGAGCCUCUACUCCGCCGCUAGGCCAAAGUUUCCAUAUCCUGGAAGCUGCGGCCAAGGAAUAUAUCGACAGAAACUGACGUGGAGCCGCUUUCCGGUGAUCGUAGAGUGCGCAUCGACGGACUCGUUAACGAGUUUGACUCAGAAUAAUGCGGCGGAGAUAGAGUUGAAGCAUCUAGUGAGUCAACACGGGUGGGACGUGAGGAGAUUGAAUAGAGACGACGAGGAUGAGAUCAGGAGAGUGUCUCUGGUUCAAGCCGAAGCUUUCCACAUCCCUCUCGCUCUUUUUAAUGAUUUUUUCUUUAUGUUUUUUCAGGCAGAGGUUCUCUCAGCACUUCUUUACAAACUAAAGAAUUCACCACCAGACAGAUAUGCAUGUCUCGUGGCGGAGCAAGCGAGCCAACCCGAAACUUCGUCGAGUUCAAGUGUCGUCGGAGUAGUUGAUGUCACAGCUCAAACGGAAAGUUCAGUACUUCGCCAUUUUCCCGGCGUCGAAGAAUAUCUUUACGUCUCGGGUUUAGCCGUCUCAAAAGCUCAAAGGAGAAAGAAGAUGGCAAGUACAUUGUUAAAGGCAUGUGAUGUUUUGUGUUACUUGUGGGGUUUCAAGCUUCUUGCUCUAAGAGCUUAUGAAGACGAUGCAGCAGCUAGAAAUCUUUACUCUAAUGCAGGUUACAGCGUGGUCGAGACUGACCCGUUGUGGACCUCUACUUGGAUAGGCAGAAAGCGCCGCGUUCUUAUGACUAAACGCUUUUCGUAGGCGUUUUUUUCUUGUAAAUUUUGGUUAAAACAAUAAACACACUACCAUCUAAUUUGGAUACAGAGUAAAUGUGCAACCAUAUC